UCGGCAACUGAAGAUCCAGUGAUGGAGAGUGAACACAUGUAUUCAUAUGUGGAAGAGAGCAUUAAAUAUAAUGAUGCACGGAUCGUGAUGGAGGGAACAAACCAAGUAAAUGAGAGGGAAAUCCGUGAUGCUUUCCAAGGUGACAAUUCUCAAGAAAUCCCACCCCUUCAAAAAAUAUCCAAAGUAGACAAUAGGAAUGAGUGCCCAGGAGGUGCGGAAGGAUUUUCUGAAACAGCAGAUACGGCUAUGCAUUGGAAAACCCAUAAUAAAGGGGGAACAUUUAAAUGCCUAGAGUGUGGAAAAAUCUUUGGACGGAAAGAUACUUUAGCUUCUCAUCAAAGAAUUCACACGGGGGAGAAACCUUAUAAAUGCCUGCAGUGUGGAAAAAGCUUCACUGAGAGUGGACACCUUAAUUCCCACCAAAGAAUUCACACAGGGGAGAAGCCUUAUAAAUGCCUGGAGUGUGGAAAAAGCUUCAGUCAGAAUGGACACCUUACUGCCCAUCAAACAAUUCACACAGGGGAGAAACCUUAUAAGUGCCUGGAAUGUGGGAAAAUCUUUAGACGGAAAGAUGCUCUAACUUCCCAUCACAGGAUUCACACAGGAGAGAAACCAUAUAAAUGUCUGGAAUGUGGAAGAAGCUUUAGUCAUAGUUCUGCCUUUAGUUCCCAUAAAAAAACAGUUCACAGAGGGGAGAAACCAUAUAAAUGCCUAGAUUGUGGGAAAAACUUCAGUCAGAAUGCAAAACUUACUCUUCAUCAAGCAAUUCAUACGGGGGAGAAAAAGUAUAAAUGCCUGGAGUGUGGGAACUGCUUCAGCCAGAGUUCAUCCCUUAUUUCCCAUCAAAGAAUUCACACAGAGGAAAAGGAAUAUAAAUGCCUGGAGUGUGGAAAAAGCUUCAGACACAGUUCAAGUUUUUCUUACCAUCAAAGAUUCCACACAGGAGAGAAACCAUAUAAGUGCCUGGAGUGUGAGAAAAGCUUUAGACACAGUUCGGAACUUUCUUCCCAUCAAAGAAUCCACACGGGAGAGAAACCUUAUAAGUGCCUGGAGUGUGGAAAAAAUUUUAGACACAGUUCAGGUCUUUCUUACCAUCAAAGAAUCCACACAGGAGAGAAACCAUAUAAAGACUUAGUGUGGAAAGAGCUUCUUUUCAAACGGCUACCUUGCUCAACAUCACUGGAUUCACAAAGGGAAGAAACCAUAUAAAUGCCUUAAGUUUGGAAAAAGCUUCAGAUACAGGUCGUAUCUUUCUUCCCAUCAAAGAACCCGCACAAGCUAGAAAGCAUAUAGUGCCUGGAGUGUGGGAAAAGGUUCAGUCAGAAUGCAAAACUUCUUCUCCAUCAAGUAAUUCACAAAGGGGAGAAAAAGUAUAAAUGCCUGGAGUGUGGGAAAAGCUUCAACCAGAGUGGCCACCUGACUGUCCACCAAAGAAUUCACACAGGGGAGAAGUUGUAUAAGUGUCUAGAAUGUGGAAAAGGCUUUAAAUGGAUGAACUAGCUACCCAUGGAAGAAUCAACACAGAAUCCAUGUAAAUGCCUAGAGUGUGGAAGAAGCUUCAGGCAGAGUUCAGCCCUUAUUACCAUUAAAAAAAUUCAUACGGGAGAAAAAAUAUACAUGCCUGGAAUAUGAGGAAAGCUUUGGGAGAAGGGACAGAUUGAAUUCCCAUCAAAGAAUUCAUACACAGUUGAGGAGUCUUUAUACAAACUGCAAGCCUUACUUCCCAUUGAGUAUAAUUCAUUGGGGGGGGGGGAACCUUAUAUAUUCCAAGCAAAUUGGAUUAUAAAAUUAGAUGGGAAUGGAGUAAUAUAACAUUACAAGUUAUAAUUCAGUAAAAUUUCAUUCAUGCUUUGUAGAUUAAAAAUAUGUCCCUAUUUUCUUUAAAAUAAUGUUUUUUUAAAAAAAAAAUAGUAUUGUUUCCAUUUACAGAUUUAUCUUAUCCAGUUUGUGCCCCACCCUCCCCGUGAAUGCGCUCAGGUCAUCUAACAACAAAAGAAAACAUUGUACAUUAUAAAAGCAUAAAUAGAUAUCUAAAAACAAUAAGGGGGACCAGUGUUGUCUCCAUGCCAUGGUUAGGCCGGAAACUGGAUUGUUUUUGUAUGGAAUGAUGCAAUUUUUGGAGCUUUCCGGACUUCGAGGGGCAGGGUAUUCCACUAGGAAGGAGUUUCAAGAGAAUGCUUCUGUACGGGCAGCCCUUGAUCUUGCUCGUCAAGUUUUCUCAGGUGAGUGAAGCUGUUGCUGCAGAUCAUGUUGAGUGAGGAAGUAUAACGAGAAUAUGGAUUAGAGUACAUUAUACCUUACUGAUUUAUGUGCAUUCUAGUGAACUCUGUAUGGAUCUUAAUAUAGUUCUCUUAACAAAGUGUAUAACCACACAGAUAUUCUUUUCAUCUUUAACAGCCAAUUAAAAUAGUGGACA